CGUUGUCCGCGCGGUUGCUACACGUCUACUCCGAUAGUGUAGCUUUCGUGUUAAAUAUAAACAAUACAAUUACUUUACAAAACACUCGAGGCUAGGGAUCUAAGGAUGUAAACGAGCCAGACACAACGAACGGAAUCUUUGACAUAGAUGUAAUGUGAACACAUAACUUACACGCACAGACAAUAAACGAAGCCAAAUUAUUAAGAAUUACUGAACUCGCUAUAUUUAAAUGAAAAUUGAUUGCUCAGCUGAAUUUAUAGUUAAAUUUAUUACACACAUAAAAAUGAGUCUCGAUUCGACCUCAUCUAAAAAGUUUAAUUUGGAGAAGGCAUCGAAUUUUAUGCGUCAGUUUCGGGAUCCUGACUCUAGGGAAUUAAAGAAAUUGUCUGCCAAUCAGUUCAUGGAGAUCUGGAGUCACUAUGACAAAGACGGCAACGGCUACAUCGAAGGAACGGAGCUGGACGGCUUCUUGAGAGAGUUCGUCUCUAGCGCUAAUUUUACCGACAUCAGUCCCGAUGCGGUUUCGGAUUCGAUGCUCGUGGAACUUAAAGCCUGUUUUAUGGAAGCCUACGACGAUAACCAAGAUGGCAAAAUCGAUAUUCGGGAGUUGGCCCAACUUCUUCCAAUGGAGGAAAACUUUCUCCUUCUGUUCAGGUUUGAUAACCCUCUAGAAUCGAGCGUCGAGUUUAUGAAGAUUUGGCGAGAAUACGAUACUGAUGGAAGUGGAUACAUUGAAGCCGACGAGCUUAAGAAUUUCUUACGCGAUCUCUUGAAAGAGGCGAAAAAAAUAAACGACGUAUCCGAAGAUAAAUUAAUCGAGUACACCGAUACAAUGCUCCAAGUUUUUGACUCUAACAAAGACGGCAGACUUCAGCUUUCCGAAAUGGCGAAGCUUCUACCAGUGAAGGAAAAUUUUCUCUGCAGACAAGUGUUCAAGGAAGGCAUCGAGGGCGCCACUAAGCUCACUAAGGACGACAUCGAAAGAGUUUUUUCACUUUAUGACAGAGACAAUAACGGAUCUAUAGAAAAUGAAGAGUUAAAAGGAUUUCUCAAAGACCUCUUAGAAUUGGUAAAAAAGGACUACGACGCCCAAGACCUGCUCGAAUUCGAAGAGACCAUUCUCCAAGGCCUGGAAUACAGCAGUGAAGGGAAAAUAAGUAGAAAACAAUUGACAAUGAUACUUUUGGCUCUGGCGAAGCAUAAUCAAGAAGAAGAGCCGGCUACUCCAUAAUUGAAAACAAAUCUCGUUGCUAGUCCGUCCCACUGUCAAUUCACUUGGCCUUUUCAUAGCCUAGAUGAGAUGAGAGAGAGAAGCUAUGAAAAGGCUUCAGGUAGAAUUACCUCCAAAAAAAUAAUGUGUGCUUUUUACAAUAGAAGCGUCGUGUUAAAUGUACUAGCUUGAUGUGUUAAACGUUUAGUGAGUAUUGUAAGCAUUGUUACAGUUUUGUUAUUCACUUUAACAAUGUAUAACCCACCCGUGGACACGUAUACUUGAAUUAAAGAAAAGGAGAAGGCCAUGGCAUGAAGCCGUGAAGCUGAACCAACCAUUUAUAUCGGCAACCCAGCGAGCAAUACCUGUUGAUUAUGCGCGUGGAGCUAGCGGUCAAUUUUUCCUACCUUGUAAAUCUAUGCCACAGAGUUUAUCAUUGUUAUAAAAGCUGUUUAGAAUUACCGUAAGAUAUAAGCCAAAGUCAAUGCCAAAUAUUGUAUAAAAAUUAUAGGGAUAUCCCUCGUGAGAGUUUAUUUUACUAUUCAAUUAUUAAUCUCCUUUCCUGUUUAUUUAUACAAUUUCUAAACAACAUUGAAGGCAUUUCUUUCUCUUUUUAAAACUACUGUAAUGAUAGUGAGCAAUCUAAAAAUCGAAGGUACCUUACCUCGUGAGAAGAAGAUUAUUGUUGUUAUUAAUGUACAUUAUUCCACGGAUUCUUCUGCGACUCAGCGAUGAUUUUAGUAUUGACUAUAACGCAGAAUAUAAUUCUAAGCCCAGGGAUAAAGUGAUAUUUUGUAUUUAGUUAAAUUUAACCCGAGUUGGAAUAGCUAUUAUUUAAUUAAGUGAAACCAUAACGUAGUAUAAUAAAGGUGCAAUCAUUAUUACUUAUGUUCUUUAAAAUGCUUAAAUCUUGAAUAGUUAACGUUUGUGUAAUAUUUUCAUGUGUCGCUUCAAUAUUGAUUGAACUCGUGAGAGCCGACUUCUAAUCAACAGCAUUGGUCCUGCGUGUCUUAUAAUGUUAAACAAACGCUUCUUCUCUUCGCUUUGUACUUUUUAAUAGCUAUCUGAAAAUGCCGUAACGUGUCUCGAGUGAGGCACCGGUGGUCGUACGUAACUAUUGUUCAAUUUCCUAAUUUUUGGGACACAGAUCAGGCCAUACGCACUUUGCUACAUAGAAAUCUUGUAAUAAUGUACCAGACAUAGAACGCAAAGUCGAGUCGAGUCUAGCCCAUGUCACGAACAAUUAUAUUCCUGAUAAUUUAGAAGCAAUCGGCGACCGAGACAUGUUUGGUACUUAUUAAGAUUUCUAUGAUUUGCAGUUAUGGUAGAAAAAAUAUAAUUUUCGUUGUUAGAAAUCGAUGUGAUAGUAAAGAUAAAUGUUAAUUUAAUUUAAAAUGUAUUAGUUCUAAUAUAUUAUAAUAACGUGUUAAUUAUAACAUAAAUGUGCAAAGACUAAACAUUAAUAAUGCAA